UCGACCGGCCCAGCUCAGUAGCUCACUCUCCGAUCGGUCUCCAUCCAUGGCUCCGCUGUCGUUCCACGUGGAGGCGCUUCUCCCGAGCUCGAUCGCCCCGAAGAAGCUGGACUCCCUCCUCCACUCUCACGUCUACCCGCAGGUCGCCGCCGUCCUCCGCGCCGUCGCCCGCUUCAAGGCCCUCCUCCUCCACGCCAUCGACGAUCUCAACAACAACAACAACAACAACAAGAGCGGGAGGCCGGGCAAGAAGAAGAUGGCCCGCUUCGUGAAGCUGCAGUUCUUCGGCACGGCUCGAGCGAGGAGGGUCGUCGUCGACCGGCUGCCGCCGGACACGAACGACCGCGCGCGCCGCAGCUCGUACUACGACGAGCGCUCGGCGUGGAACGCGGCGGCGGCGGAGGAGGUCGAGGUGCGCGGAGACGGCGGCACGGCGGCGGAGUGUUGUGGCUAUUUAUGCUGGCUGGAGGAAGAGGAGGAGAGGCCGUCGGGCGCCGGAGACGGGGAAGAAGGCGAAGAAGAGGAGGAGGUGAAUGAGAUCGACAGGCUAGCGGAGAGGUUCAUCGAGCGGUUCCACGCAAAGUGCCUGCUGGAGAAGCAGGAGUCCUACCGCCGGAGGCACCUCAUCGCCACCACCAUCUGAUCCUUCCUUCCAUCCCUAGCCUGCAUCCAUGAAGAAACAAAUUCCAAAUCCAUGGCGAUGGAUCGGGGUGGAGUACAGAUUCAUGCAAGCGGCCCGGACGUGGCAGGAAGAGACCAGGGGAAUGUUUUUCUUCAAUUCGAGGCGAGCACCGGAACAUAUGCACGUCGGGCGACGUCAGGUUGCACGUUUAAACAGUCAAAAAACGGGAGAUUAAUUGUUCUGCUCUGAUUCGUUAUCCGUAUGUGUGAAUUCUUUAUGUAAAAUUCGUUCGUUUAAAUCCAAAUCCAUGGCCAUGGA